AUGAAAUAAUUAAUUCUAAAUUAUAGGAGGAAUAAUGAAAUGAAAAAAAUGACAUAUCAAGUAUUAUAUUAAUAAAAAUAGUAUUAUUAAGAUUUAAUUUCGAAAUGGGGAGACAGUAUUAUCAGAUGGUUAUAGUGAAAAUGAAAACAAAAUAAAAAGAGCAAAUAUCAAUUUUUUUAUUCCUCUUAGAACCUUUAAAGAAAAUAUUCUUUAUUUUCUAUUACUUAUUUUAUAGGUUUUCUCGUCUUAAGCCUUAUAUUUAGUAGGGAUUCUUUUAAUCAUACAACAAUGGUUAGUUGAUUUAAAUAAUCUUAUGAAGAUUAGAAAAAUGGAUUAAAUGGUAAAUAGUUAAGAAGCACGAGUAUUAAAAUAAUGGGAUGAAUGUAUUAUCAAUAAAGAAAUAAUUGAAAAAAUUAAGGAGAGAUUAACUAAGCAAGAUUAAAGUGAAAGUAAUUAAAUAUAAAAGAGUAAAUCAUAAGCUGAAAAAAGUUCAUAAGGAAAAAGAGCUGAAUAAGUUUAAAUUUAGAAUAAAGGAACAGUAGUUUGUAUUUUUUAAUUGUAAUUUUUAGCUAAUGUUUCAAUUCAUUUAUAGCAUAUAUCCUAUAAAUAGUAAUAGAGCAAUAAAAAUAUCAGAACUGAUAAUGCUAAUAAAUAUAAUCAAAUGAGUCCAUUGAUUUAAAAGGAUAUGGCUUUAAAAUUAAAGUAGAUAUAAUUAAUGGAAUCUGAUCCAUUAAUAAUUGAAUUUAAAAAGAAAGUACCUAGUAUGUUUUACAGGGAUAUCCCAUUAACUGGAUAAAAAAUAUAAUUGAAUGAAAAAUUGAAAAAAAUAGAGAAAGAUAAGAUGAAUUUGAUUAAAAUCUAAAAUGUUGAGAAUAUAAUGAUAGGAGAUGUGAUUAUAUUAGAAAGAAAUCAAAGAGCACCUUGUGAUAUACUAGUUUUACAUUGUAAUGAUGAAAAUUUUAGUGUAUAACAUCAAUUAUGUGAUUAUUCUUCUACCACUGUCAGAAAACCAGUAGUUUAAAAUAGAUGUAUUAUUUUAAUUAUUAAUGUAAGCUGAUUCUUAGAACUUAGCCUAAUUUAAAAAAUCUUUAACAGGUAAUAUUGUUUGUUAUGAACAAAAUUUUUAAAUAAAAGGAUUCUUUUAAUUAAAAAAGGAUCCUUAAUCAAGAAUAUUUGGAUUUGAAAAUUUUAUAUUUUGUUAAGAAAGAUUGUUAGCAACUCCAUGGGUAUUAGGGAUUGUAGUAAAAGUAGGAAAUAGUUGUUAAUGUUAUGCUAGAUUUUUAGGAGAACUUAGAUUUGAAAAUAGUUAAUUUCUUCCUCAUUAUAUAGUAAUUUUGGUUAUCAUAAUAGUAAUAAUUUAUAUAAAUUUAAGAUUUAAAUAAUUGUUUACAAUUAAAAUUAUAUUUUGUAGAAUUUAAGAUCAAUUACACAAAUUAUUAUUGAUAAUUGUAUAUUUUUAAUCUUAAUGGUUCCUCAUUUCUAUAAAAUAUAUUAUAAAAUGUGUAGUAUUAUACAACUUAAAGGAAUAGGAACAAUUGAUUAAAAAUAGAUAAUGUCUUGUUAAAUUGAUAAAUACAUAGAUAAAUAAUAUUUAACAGUUAGUGUAGAUGCAUUUAUUGAAUAAUCCUUUUCACUAUAAUGUAUAAUUCAUGAUAAUAAAUUAUGUGAAUUUGAUGAACCAAGAUUUCUUUAAUUUUUAAUUUAAACUAAUGCAGAUUUAAAUAUGCAUAAUAAAUCGAAAAAUGAAGAAAAAGAGGGUAAAUAUUAAUAUUUUAAUAUUUUAGAAUAAGAUGAUUUAUAAUAAGGGUCUCAAGUAAUAAAUUACCUUAUGUAGAGUUAAUAUUCAGAUGAACUUAUGAGUUAAAGAGAAUACAUAGUAAAUCAGAUACCAAAAUCUGUUGAAGGGAGAUUUAUAUACUAUUAAUAAUCAGAAUAAAAAGAGGAUUUACAUUUAAAUAGGAUUAGUUUAAUUUAAUAAGAAUAGACAUCAAAAGAGAAAACAUUAAAUGAAAAUCAUGAUGCUUAUAAUGAAACUUUUUAAAGAGCAUCUAAUCUUGCAGGUAAUUCAAAAGGUUAUCAAUCAUCAAAAGAGCCAUUUAAAUCAGAAGAUUAUUAGAUAGAUGAACAAGAAUUAUGUUAGAAUAUGAUGAGAAAUGAUGAACCAGAUGAAUUGAAUCCAUUAUUAUUAUAAUUAGCUAUGAAUCAUCUUGCUUUUUCUAAAUUAUUGAUUACUGAGAAAAAAGAAUAAAAAGUAAAAAAUAAAUUUUUAGGUUUAUUGGAUUAGAAAUAAGUAAAUUUAGCAAAAGCAAUGGGUUAUGAAUUCAUAUGUGUAAAUAGUAUUUAGUAAUUUAUUAAAUAUAAUAAUUAGGAAUAUCUAACAUUAUAUUAUUUAAAUUAAUCAAGAGUUGCAUUCAUUUAAAUUGGUCAUAACUAAACUAGAUAUUUAAAGAUAAAGAUUAUUUAUGCUAUUUGAAAUGGUAGAUUUUUAUUAGGAUAUUGAUAAAUAGUUUAUUCUUUUUUUAAGAGAAGGAAAUGUAAAAAAGAAUGAAGGUAUUGAUGAUAGGGUUUGGAAACAUUAAUAUGAUUAACUUCAUUACAUUUAUUAUUCAUAUUGUUAUUUAACUUAAGAUAGUGCAAAUGUAUUUUUAUAAUCAGCUGAAAGUGAUAACACAUCUGAUAAUUAAUUAUAUACAUUAAUGGAAUAAGUAUUUAAAUUAAAUAUCAUUUUGGGAAUUAAAUAUACUUUAAAGCCUGAAUGCUAAGAUUUUAUGAAAACUAUAAGGAAAUCUGAAUAUUAAACAUUUGUCUACACUUAAAAUUAGGAGAUCUUUUCUACUUCCAUUUUGUAUUAGUCAGAACUUCUAUUAUAGAAUGAUUUAGUUUUACAUUUCAAUUAACAAAAUGAAGAGGAUUUGCGUGCUUAUUUUAAAUAAAGUUUAUAAGAUUUUUCAAAUACUUUUGGUGAUGCAAGCAUUAAUUCUUCAUAACUUAUUUAAGCUCUUAAUUCAUAAAAGCAUAUAAUAAUAGAUUAAAUUGAAGAGAAACCUAGAACAAAGAAAAUAAUUGUGAUGAUGAAUAAUUAAUCAUUAUAAUAUAUCACAGAUAAUCAUUAUUUUAAGAGCAAUCUAAAAUUAAUCCUUAGUUUCACUAAAGUACUAUUUCUUUAUUAAGCUACUCAAGAUUAAUUAAAUAUGAUUUAAGAUAUUUGGUGUACUUCAAAUAAAACAAUUAAUAUAUUAUAUGAAAAUUAAAGUUUAUUAAGAUGCUUAUAUGGGUGUCAAUUACAAAUAUUGUAGUUAUAAGAAUUCAGUUUAUCUAAAUAUCAAAACAUAGAGAAAGUAGAGAAAAAGAAUUUCUUUUCAAAUCUUAUUACAUCUUUAUAAUAAAGAUUAAUAUUUGAGAAAUGCUAUUUUAAUGAAAUGUAAAUUAAUUCCAAUACUGACAUUAUUUUAAGAGGUUUUAAAGAAUUAGAGAGACUCCUUUUCUUUUAGAGUCCUCUUUUAAAGAUAUUCUUUAGAGCCAUAUAUUAAUAAACCAUUUACAAGACAAUAACUUUUGUUUCUUCUUUUACUUUUGUUACUAUAAUUUAUACAUUUUAUACUCUUGAUUAACUGGAUUAUUUAAUAGAAAUCAUAUUUUACUUUUAUAUAUACUAAUUUAUUUUAUAUUCUCUUUAACAUUAUUCUUUUGUUGAUCAAUCUAAAAGAUUACAAUACAAUAAAGAUUAAUCAAUUUUAUUGGAAAAGUAUUCUUAACAUAAAUCAUCAAUGGAAAAUAUCAUCAUUAUGGUUUUAAAACAUAUGAUUUAAGGUGUUCUUAUUUCAUGUAUAUUUAUUUAUAAAAUAUAUGAUUUGGAAUACUAUUUAUAUAUUUUUAUGUCUAUAAGUAUAGGUGACUGGUGUUAUUUGAUGAUUAAUUUGAAUAUAAUUGAAGCAAUAAUAUUAGCUGGUAUUUUUCCAAUUAUAUUUUACUUCUAUAUAUUGUUUGACAAUAUUCACAAUGAUGAAUGGAAUAAUUCAAUAGAUAUUUAAGAUAUAUUUACAAUUAUUGUAGGAACAUCUUUCCUUUUAAUAACUAAUCUUUUAUUUGAUUAUGUUUAAAAUCAACAUAAUAUUAGUAUCCCUAUAAUAAAUGAAGAUUUUCUUUCAUAUUUACAUUAUAUAUAAAUGAUGGUAAUAUCAAAAUAAAAAAGGAAAAAAUUGACUAUUUUAUAAAAUAGAGUAAAUGAACUUUUUGAAAAUAUAGAAUAAGUAGAUUUAAGUAUUUAAAAAUGUAUAAUAUAUUAUAAUAUUGAUUAGUACUUAUAAAUUAAUAAAAUAGUUAAAGUAAAUUUGGUUAAUGGAGAUAAUAAAUAUUUAAAAAGGCUUAAACUAUAUUAAUGUGGAAGAAGAAAUAAAUUAUUUAAAGUUUCUAAUUACUUUUUUAUCAUAACACAUUUAUAAUUAUUAUAUACUUUUAUUAAGAUAGAUAAGACUUUUACUUAGUUGUCUAUUUAAUAACCUUUUGUUUAUAAGCAAUAUAUUUUGCUAUUUAAAUUUUAGUUUAAUUACCAACAAAUAAAUAAGAAUAUUUAGAAUAUGCAAAAUUCUUUUUAUCGACUGCUGCUACAAUUUCUAUAUUAUUUGUAAUGAAAUCUGUUGAUAAUAUUAAUUCAAUUUUGACAAUUUAAUAUUUUAUAGUAUAUGAAUUGUCAAUAAAAUUUCAUCCUAUAUAUGACUUUAGAAUAUAUAUAAUAACAGCUGUUGCUACUAUGAUUGGAUAUAUUGUUUGGUAUAUAGUUGAAAAUAAUACAAUAAUAUCAAAUUAGAUUGCUGUAGUAUAAUUUAUAAUUCUAUUUUCUGUUUUAUAAUACUUAGUAAAAAGUUAUGUAAAUAAUUCAAAUAAUCCUUUUAGUUUAUUUAAUUAGAAGAAGAUUAGGCUUAAAAUAAAUUGAAUUUUAUUGAAUAAAAUAAUAAGAUUAAUAAUAUAUUAGGUAUAUUGUUACCUAAAUUCAUUCGAGAUAGAUUAAAUGAAAGUAAUUAUUAUAAUAAAUUUGUUUAAUAGCUGAUUAAUAUAAUAUCCAUUAAAAUUAAGGUUUGGUUGCAAUUGUAUUUUGUGAUAUUUGUAAUUUUGAUUAAAUGGUAAUAGAAGAAAAGGAUAAAAUAAUCACAUUUUUAGAUGAUAUUUUUAGAACAUUUGAUAAAUAUUGUUAAAUUUAUGGAGUUCAAAAAAUAGAAACAGUUGGUAAAACAUAUUUAGCAUCAGCUGGUCUUAAGGCAUGUGAAUAAGAAUUAACUUACCUAUCUUAGGUAGAUCCAGUUUAAAGAGCUUUAAAUUUAGCAGAAUAGAUGAUGAAUUAUAUAAGAUCAAAAAUGUAAAUAUUGUAAUGAAACUAGGUGGGGAUAUAAAGGUUAAUAGUUAGUUGGUAAAAUUGGUAUCCAUUAUGGAGGAGCUAUAAGUGGAGUAAUAGGAUUUCAUAAACCUCAAUUUUCACUGAUUGGAGAUACUGUUAAUACAACUAGUAGAAUUUGUUCUACUGGUUUAGAAGAUACUAUUACAUUAUCAGAAUAGGCAUUUGAUUAAUUAAAAAAUGAAAAUAUUGAAUUUGAAAUAAGAAAUGUUGAAAUGAAAGGUUUGGGUAUAAGACCAACUUACAUUUAUAAAGGUAAAAUUUAAAAUAAAGAAAAACAAUCUUUUAUGUAAAUUGAGUAGGAUGUAUAAAGUAAAGAAGCCAGAAGUUAAUAUAUGGUUAGAAAGAAUCCUGAAAUUUUUAAGAAGGAUCUUAAAAAAAGGAAAACUGUUUUAACUUAAAUUGAUACAAUGAAAUAGCGAAGGGAUUCUUUAUAAGAAUAAGGAACACCAAAUGUAUUUGGUAUAAAACCUAUAGAUCCAACUUAUUAUUAAGCUUAGGAUGAUAAAUCAAGACAUUCAAUUAAACUAUUAUAACAAUAAGAAUCUGAUGAGAAUAAAAUUAAAAAAUCAUAAGCUAAACCUAGUACAUUCAAAAGAUUAGUUACUAUGUUUUAGAAUAAAUUUUAACUUGAAAAUUAUUAACCAGAAAUUGAUGAAUUAAUUGAUUAUGAAUAAUUACUGGUAAUAAUAUAUAAAUUAAUUAGAGAAUGUUAUAUUAUUAAAGAAUGAAUAUACAUUAGAACAUAAUAUAAUUAAAGAAACAUCAUUUAUAUAAUUAUUGCAAAUAUCUUAUUAUAAAAAAUAAAUGAGUCAAUUUGUUAGUUAUGAAUAAUAUCAAGAAUUUGUUAAGAUUCAAUCAAAAAAUCAAACUGUAUAAAAUUUAAGAAUAUACGUUCUUUAUUAUAUUAUUAAAUCUUUUUGUCAGAUUCAAUUUUAUAGCAAUUAUAAUUUAGGUUUAAUAGUUAUAUAAUGGAUAUUUUGUUUACUUAAUUUAAUGUAAUUUAUAGUAAAUAAUAAAUCUUAUUUUGAAAAGUGGAAGAUUUUCAUAAUAAUAUUAUUAUGUUUUGAAGCUUUACUUAGUGGAUUAGUGAUAGAUCUAGUAGAAGAUGAUUAUUUAAAAAAUAUUCAUGUCUAUGAAAUAAUCUUUAUAUAAUCCUUAUUUUGCAGUAUUCAAAUAUUAAGCUUUUGGAUAAAAGUAUUAUUUUGUAUUACAAUUGCAUUUUAUUCUACAAUUAUUUUAGCAAUUGAUGGAACCUAAAUCGUUUCAAUAUAUUUUAUCUUAAUCAGCUCUAUGUAUAAUAUGAUAUUGAUUUUAUUAAUUGAACAAUAAUAAGUAAGUUGUUUUAAUUAAAAAAUUAUAUAUAAAACAUAAUAAUAAAAAGAAUCACAAUUAUUAUAAUAUUUAUUACCAAAACAUACCUUAAAUAAAUUUUUAGAUGAUAGAAUAAGCAAUAUAGGUAUUUGUGAUAAAAUUGAUGAUCUAACAAUAUUAUUUGCUGACAUAGCUGGUUUUACUGAAUAUUCUAGUAAAGUAAAACCAGAAGAAGUUUUAGUAAUGCUCAAAAAUUUAUUUGUUGAAUUUGAUAGGAAAUGUUGUGAUUUGAAUGUAUAUAAAUUAUAUACUAUUGGUGAUUGUUAUGUAGCUAUUGGAAUGAUAGAUUAUCAUCAUAGAAAUCCUCAUUAGGAGGCUAAAAAUAUAAUAGAUUUAGCAUUUGAAAUGAUUAAAAUUAUAGCUUAGGUCAGGAAAUAAAUAAAUUUUGAAGGACUUAACAUGAGAAUAGGAGUACAUACAGGAUCAAUAUUUGGAGGUGUUAUGGGUACAGAUAUUGUUAGAUAUGAUAUUUAUGGACCAGAUGUAUUAAUAGCUAAUAAAAUGGAAUCAAAUGGUGUUAAAGGUUAUGUACAAGUUAGUUAGUAAACAAAGAAGUAUUUGGAGGAAGAUUAUGCUAAUCUAUUUAAAUUUGAAUAGAAUGUUAUUCUAGAAUUGAAAGCAAUUGGAAGAUAAAUUGAGGGAUAUUUAGUAAAAAAAUAAGAUGAAGAUCAUAUUAAUGAAUAAGAUGUCCCAUUUUGA